UAAAGCACGGUGACACUAUUAUUCGUGUAGUUAUUUAUUUUGCAACCUCAGCUAGUGCCUAUUUUAAAAUAAAGUGGGAACGAAGCGUUUGGACUGUGCCGUCCAAAAAGCCGAGGUGGCAGCGGUGAUUAGCUCCUAGCGCUUUUCAGCCUCGCCCCCCUACAGAGGCCGCGGAGCUAUUCCAGCCCCAGCUGCUCAGCCGAGGCGACCCCCUCUGCAGCUGCGGCCGCUUUCUCGCGCGCCGCCUACCCCGGUGGGGGGACGCUGCCUGCCUCACCCGCCGGCUCGCGCUUGUGCGCGCGCGCCGCCUGUGAGCGCUGCUGAGAGCGUCCUGGAGCCCUCAGCAAAAGAUUCCCCUCCGCGAGAAGGCGACACCCGCUCCCAGCCCUCAGAGCAGCGUGAUGGUGCUGUAAGGUCUCCCCCGGGGGCUGGGGGGCUGCAGCCAGCUGCUUGGAGCUUGACCUCUUUCUCUGGGGGGACUGCAGGCAGGAGUGGCAAGCCGGGGGGGAAAAGACGGACGUUUUUGCGGGAAGCAGGAGAGGAAACCCACCCUCCUCCUCCGGCAUGGGGCUUUGUGGCAGUGCCCCGGUGAGUCGUGCAGAGUUCGGGGGUAACUUGCAGCGGGCUGCCCUGGAAUAGAGACUCUCCGGACCGGAUCAGCUGGCGUUUGUUGUCUAUGUCUUAUUGGGAGAGCUGGUGGAUUUUUGUCUCACUCCUGGAGGAAGAGCCCAGGGCUGGUGGUUGCCGCCUUCUUGGUCUUUUUUGGAGGGUGAAAGAAGGGAAGGGAUCUCGCUUGAGCCGUGCAGAGAGAGAGCUUGGACAUGUGUUGUCAGCACAUCUGGGGAAUACAGUCUGCAAGUCCGAAAGGAGAUUUGCUGGGAUCGUUCAAACUGCGAUAUUGAUCGUUGUUAUUUCUUUUCGCCGAGGGAUGCACUUGGCAUGAGACUCGGACGAUGGAAAUUGUUUGGGAGGUGCUUUUUCUUCUGCAAGCCAAUUUCAUCGUCUGCAUUUCAGCUGCAGCCUCCAGUGUGAGCGCGAUCUGUCUGUCCAAAACUUCAGUGGAUUCUGAUAUAGAUGAAGCACUGGGACCACAUACAUAAAAGGAAGGAAAAAUCUUUGCAGGUGGCCUGUGUAAGUUUUAUGGUGUCCUUAACUAUUCGCUUCCUAUUGCUUGGACUUAAUGAAGUGACUUCUCAACAGAAUUCACCAAAAAUCCAUGAGGGCUGGUGGGCCUAUAAAGAGGUGGUCCAGGGAAGCUUUGUUCCAGUUCCUUCCUUUUGGGGAUUGGUGAACUCAGCCUGGAAUCUUUGCUCUGUUGGAAAAAGGCAAUCACCUGUCAAUAUAGAAACCAGCCAUAUGAUCUUCGACCCUUUCCUAACUCCACUUCGCAUAAAUACAGGAGGCAGAAAGGUCAGUGGGACAAUGUAUAAUACAGGGAGACAUGUUUCUCUACGAUUAGACAAAGAGCAUUUAGUGAACAUCUCUGGAGGGCCCAUGACCUACAGUCACCGCUUGGAAGAGAUCCGGUUACACUUUGGAAGUGAAGAUAGCCAGGGAUCAGAACAUCUACUUAACGGACAAGCUUUUUCUGGGGAGGUUCAACUAAUCCAUUAUAACCAUGAGUUGUAUACAAAUGUCACAGAGGCUGCAAAAAGUCCCAAUGGCUUGGUGGUGGUUUCUAUAUUUAUGAAAGUGUCUGAAUCAUCAAAUCCAUUUCUAAAUCGCAUGCUAAACAGAGACACCAUAACAAGAAUAACGUAUAAAAAUGAUGCAUACUUACUGCAGGGACUUAAUAUUGAGGAACUUUAUCCCGAGACCUCUAGUUUCAUUACAUAUGAUGGGUCCAUGACCAUUCCACCCUGCUAUGAAACAGCAAGUUGGAUAAUAAUGAACAAGCCUGUCUACAUAACAAGGAUGCAGAUGCAUUCUUUACGACUGCUAAGCCAGAAUCAGCCAUCACAGAUAUUUCUGAGCAUGAGUGACAAUUUCAGACCAGUCCAGCCUCUCAACAAUCGAUGUAUCCGAACUAAUAUCAAUUUUAGUUUACAGGGUAAAGAUUGUCCAAACAACAGAGCACAGAAACUACAGUAUAGAGUAAAUGAAUGGCUCCUCAAGUAAUUAAGACAAACAGGAAAAACUCCUAACCUCAGUGGAAUGCUACUACUGUGAAUUGACAUAAUCUAGAAUGCACCCAGCCUCAUUCACUCUUUGGAUUCAUGGCAGUAUGUGCAAACGUGCUGCAAGAAAAAAGCUGCCAAGAUGGAAACUUAACUAAAAAUUCAUUCAUAUGAUUGAUCGUAAUAAAAAAGAGACAAUAACUACAGUAAAUGUGAUUACAAUUUUGAUACAGUUUUCCUGAACUAAUUUAGCUUCACAAAGAAAGACUUUUCAGCCUUUGUACAUAUGAAAUUCUUUCUUUCCUCCCCUUCAAAAGAAAAAAAAAUAAAAAAGAAAGGUGGCUCCAUACAGCAUCAAAGUGGAGUUGUGUUCUGUGUGCCAAGUAAUCCUUGGAAAGCUCUCAUUAUAUCCCUAUCAUUAAUGGAUACUGACAAGACAGAAUAAGAAGAUUGUAGAGGAAACGUAUUUCUAGGUUAUGAUCCUUCUGUUUAUUUAAUUAAAAAAGGACAGACAUUGAGAGAUAAGUAUUGUAAAUAUAUCACCGCAGAAUGUAAAAGAAAUUGAAAUAUAUCCCCCUUUGUCACAUAUCUGUAGUAGGAUUUGCCAAGAUCAGAAAUGAUCCAUUUUCUGUUUCUUGUUUUACAAAGGUCAUACAUUGUGUUUGGUUACUGUUAACAACUCAAUAAAUGUGUUGAACAAAUUAAUUUAGUACACUCGCUUUGGUUUAUUUUUCCUUUCUGAAAUGAUAAGCCUCUAGCACUUGAGGCUUCUUUUCUUUUCUUUUUUACUUUAUUUGUUUGCAGCCAGUUUAACUGAGUUAAUGGCAAUUAGGAAUGUAUUUAACAAAGCUAGUGUAACUUUAAUUCCAUUUUAUGGUUCAUCAUUAAGAAGAAUUAGGCUCCAGAAGCAGAAGGCAACUGAAAAAUGGGUUAGUUUAAAAUUACCAUUUCCCCGGUUUGAGUCCAUUAUUGAGACAUACAAAUUCAACCUUGUAAAUUGCUAGAAGGGAUAUAUUUCUUUACAGAUGUAGCAGGAGCUGACCAAGUUAAAGCUAAUGCCUUUUUUCUUGUUUAUAAUGGUCAUUCACUGUGUUUGGUUACUGUCAAGAACUCAAUAAAU